AUGGGCUUCGAGGGCAUCGAGGAGAGGGUGUUUUUGGCUUCGAGAGGACCGAGGAAGCCAAUGGAGGCCCUAUGGAGGCUGUUGUGGCAGGUUCUAGUCAUGGAGAUGGCUGAGGAUGGCAGAAGUUGUGCGGUGCAGUUUCGGAGAAUAUCUGAGGUGGAGCCUCCGAGUCCGUUGAGGUAUCUAAUAGGAGCGGCGAUCAUGAUGAUCGGAGUUGUGUUACCCGUCGGUUAUAUGAUGUUCCGUAACAAGCGGGUCCCCUCCACUUCCUCAUACUCUAAGCAGACGUAGGGCAAAGUUUUGAUGUAGAGUAGCGAAAUUGCGAAGACAGAUUUUUACAGAAUGAUCAAUGAAUUUGAAGUCUGAAGAUGGUGAGAAAGGAGACCUUGAUGGAUCUGCAAAUAUGAAUGUACAUGUAUUGAAACACCAUUCUGUUAUAUUGUUUAGUUGGGAUUCAAACUGGUUAAUGAAAUGAAACGCUUCUGGUCUGAUUCAAUUCUUCUCA